AUGAUGAUGGAGCGAAAGAACCAGAGAGAUGAUGAUGGAUAUAAUCAGGUGCCGCCACCUGCAGCAGCUCCAUCUUAUGAUAGUGGUGGAGAAUUGAAAGAGUUGUUCGGUGGAAUUGGACAAGUUGGAAUUUCAUGGAAGGAUGGAGCACACGUGGACAUCUCAAGAAAGGAGACGCAAUGGUUAAAGCAAUUGGCCUAG